GGGGCCCGAGCGAGGCUAGACAGGUACGCGACAUCACCCAACACAACAUGCAGUCCGCAAGGAGAGGCGACUCCUAACUGUUUUCCAAAAUUUCGUGUUUCUAAGGACUUGCGAGGGCUUCUGAGUAGAUGGACCAUUUCCCAGGCGGCGUUGGCGGCGACGGAACAGUGGAGUGAUACUCGAAAGUGGAAAGAUCCCGUAAAGUAAUAAGAACGUGGAGGCGAUUGUGUGAAGGGGAAAUGCGGCCGAGGAAAUCGAGGAACGUUGUGUAGAGGCUCUCCUCGUGUUGUUGUGAAAGAACAGCAGUUGGAGUCAGAAUUAUCAGCCGACGUGGAAAACGACCGUGACCGAUUACUUUUCGAGACCUAAACGGUAAACUCUCCCUGAGUGAGUAGGGUGUGGCGCGGGUGGACGAAAGGCACCUCGGGCUGCCUCUCCUCUGCUUGCCCAGCUGAUUCACCACAACAAAGAUGGUGGUGCCCCCAAGAGACCGUCGCACCACGGCAGGAUGGUGGGCCAUCGGCUUCCACGUCCUGGCCUUCGUCCUUAUUUGCAUCAGCAUGUUCACGACAUAUUGGUUCCAGGCCGAGAACAAGGCCUAUGGCACGGCCGUGGAGAGCGUGGGCCUAUGGACGCAGUGUUUCAGGUCGUACACCACGCGGGAGGAUGUGCACAAAGAGCGCUUCUUUGUAGGGUGUCGCUGGAUCUUCGACCCCUUCACUACGGGGUACGAGGACGUCCAGGCAGACUUGCAGUCACCAUUCUUUGUCACAGUCCAAGUCUUCUACACCUUCUGCUUCACGUUAUCACUACUUGGCGCUGGCCUCACAGGUGUUCUCAUCCUCUGUCCUGGUGAAGAUUUUGAGAAAUAUGUCUUGAAGCUGGCCUACAUUGACCUCUUCAUCUCGUGGUUCUUUGGGUUUAUCGCAGUGAUAGUCUUUGGAGCUAUGGGUGACAACCGUGAUUGGAUGCCCCAUUGGGACCACAAUCAUCUCUCUUGGUCCUUUGGUCUCGCUGUGGUGGGUGUUGUAGCAGAAUUUGUUGCAGCAGUUCUCUUCUGGGUUGAGUACCGCAUCCAGAAGCGAAAGGAGUCCUAUCGCCAAAGCCAUGGAGUUUUCACACUUGAAGGGGGAACCAAGAAUUAAGCAGCCUUUUAGAGCUUAGUUAAUUGUUGCCAAGGAACACACACUGCAGCCUGUCUGCAUAUUCCCCUCCCCAGUACUUGACUCAGAAGGAAGGGAAGGUACAUUUCCUGUCCAUCUUUCUAAGAAGUGUUUCUCAGAAUAUUAUACAGGAUUUGUUCUUUGGAAAACCAUAGUACAUUUCAGUGAAGAGAGAUGCUACAGCAAACACGCACAGAGUGUUUUCUUUUGAAAAAUGACCAAGAUGAGUCCAAGUCUAUGUUUUAUUGUAAUGAUUUUUUUUCUUCUUUUUUUUUAACUAUGCAUAAAAUAAUUUUGGUAGUGAUUUGUUUUAGUUCUAUGCUCAAUGUAGUUCAAUUAUAACCACCAUUGAAUUCUCACUGUAAGGUGUAGCACCAUUUUUUUUAUAUAUUUUUUCUUAUAUGUACUUCAUUGUUAGGGACUGCAUACCAAAGGAACUUUCCAGUCAUUCACAGGUGAACUUGAAUGGCAAUCCUAGAAGGUGGUGAUAUUUUGAUGUUUUACUUAACAUUUUCAUAAUUAUGUAUUGUUACAUAAUCUUGAAAACAACUCUGAGCUGGAUAAAAGCAGCACUGGUUUCAGAAAAGUUGGAUUACGAUUAAUAUGUAUUUCUGUGCUAGACUUGCAUAAUGAGUAUGGAGUCAAGACCAGAUGUAUUCACUGAGGUAUCAGAUUUUUUCUUUCUCUUUCUUUUUAUAGAAAUAGAUGGUAGUUGUAUUUCUUUGAGCCAAUAUUUUUCUUGGCUACCUGUCGGUCUUGUGUUUUAGCAAACUAAGUGUCUUUGAUGAGGUUUUGUCCAGAAUAUUCCAGUGGUACCUCAAAGCAACUCAUUCCGUCCAAUUUUUUGCCUUUAAAUACUGUUUGCAUUCCGUGGCUGUGUCCAUAAGAGGUUGGUUGUUCAUAAGAGAGGACAAUUCAUGCUCUUUUACCUGGACUAAAAUAAACAUUUCUCCUUGAAAUGUUUGAUAAAAAUAUUUAUGACUAAUAGCAUUUCUUGUGUGUACUAGAGAUUUUUCUUCAUGCUCUUUGCAUAAAAAAGUGACAAUAUGUAUUAUCUUUGUUGCCAGCAUAUAUGUUGAACAUUAAUUAGAUAUUUUUAAUAUACAGUGGAAUUUUUUUUAAUUAUUAUUAUUAUUUUCAUAUCACAAAGUUGUCUUUUGCACAAGGAAACUUUAGUGCCAAUAAAAGUAUUUUGACUUCUGCUGCAGCCAAGAUAAAGUAUAUUUUAUACUAAUGUGAUAAGAUAUCACAAAUACCAAUAAAAGUUCAAAGUUCA